GCGCGCCCGCCCAGAUCCGUCCGUGGCGGCAGUGGCGAACCGUCGCAUUGACCAGUUGAGAGUACGGACACAGAUUUAGUACACGUACGGGGAGUGAGUGAUCGGCGACAAUGGCGGGCUGGAGGAAGGCGUGGCUGUCGGUGCUGGACCGGAGCAGCGGCGGCGGCGGCGGGGGCAGCACCGGCUCCCUCCAGGCUCAACUCCAGGGCAUCCUCUCCCUGUCCCCGUCCACCUCCUCCUCCUCCCUCGCCACCAGCUACAACAACAAGCGGGCCGGCGGCGGCAAGCACGGCGGCGUGAGCAGCAAGGCCGUGCUGGCAUGCUUCUCCGUCGUGCUGGUGCUCGCCUUCUUCUACGUGUCCGUCACCCGCGGCCCCACCGCCGAGGACUCCUUCCCCACCCCGACGGCGUCCUCGUCCGGCGCCCUGCUAUCGUGGCUCUCGUCCUCCAACUCGUCGACGCCCAAGAAGCCGCUCCCUCCCCACCCUCCCGUUCCCCCUAAUAACGUGAGUAGCAGCACUGGCACUGCUGCACAGCAGAGCAGUGCGCGCAAUGCGACCGUGGCGGACGCGGAGGACUCGGCGCCGGCGGUGGACUCGGGGCAGCCGGUGCUGGUACCGGAGCAGACGGUCAAAGCGCAUGGAUUCCUCCGUGAUGCCGGGAACACCACGAUCGUAGGAUCGGGGGAGGAACCCGUCACCAACGGCACGAAUGCACAAGAUGCAACCGCAAUGCCGACGCCACCGUGGUGGAAAGCGGACGGGGCCAACUCCUCCGCUAAAAUCGUCGUCGGCGAGCCCACGAACUCCGACGGCGCCACCGGAAACUCCACCGACACGGUUGUGAGCUCCAGUAAAGAAGAUAGAAACACGAAAGCCAGGAGCGUCGACAAUGUACUGCCGACCCGGCAAGCGGUGGUGAUGCCAUCGACGCCGCCGCCGGAUCAGCGGAAGGAGGACAGGCACAGGCGCAAGAGAGCGGCCAUGGCGAGGCGCAGGCAGCACUCGACCAGGCGACGGAAGGAGAUCGUCCCGCUCGCGCAGGGAGAACCCGCCGGGCACGGCGACGGCGCCGCCACCACGGCCGCCGGAGCGAACACCAGCGUGUCCGCCGGGCCCGGCAACCACCGGGUCGUGUGGACGCCGGGCGUGCAGAACCUGGUCACCUUCGCCAAGUGCGACCUGUUCAACGGCGGGUGGGUGAGGGAGGAGAGCUACGCGUUCUACCCGCCGCGGUCGUGCCCCCACAUCGACGACGACUUCAACUGCCACAAGAACGGCCGGGAGGACACCGGAUUCCUCAACUGGAGGUGGCAGCCCAGUGGCUGCGACAUUCCCAGGAUGAACGUGACUGAUUUCCUGGAGAGGCUGCGAGGCCAGAGGAUCAUAUUCGUCGGCGACUCGCUGGGUCGCAACAUGUGGGAGUCUCUCGUCUGCACUCUGCGCCAUGGUGUCAAGAACAAGAAGAGCGUGUACGAAAGGUCCGGGAAGAACCAGUUCAAAACCAGAGGAUACUACUCCUUCAAGUUCGGGGACUACAAUUGUUCUGUUGAUUUCAUAAGAUCGAUAUUUCUGGUCAAUGAGGUGGUUCGGGAGAGCAAAAACGGUACCGUGCUGGACGCGAAACUGAGGCUGGAUGAGCUAGAUGCAACAACCCCAGCGUACCUGACCGCUGACAUCGUCGUCUUCAACACCGGGCACUGGUGGACUCACGCAAAAACAUCAAAGGGGGUGAACUAUUAUCAGGAAGGCAACCAUGUGCAUCCAAGCCUUGAGGUGAUGGAUGCAUACAAGAGAGGGCUAACCACAUGGGCUAGGUGGGUCGACAAGAACAUCGACUCGACAAGAACUCAGGUUGUGUUCAGAGGAUAUUCACUGACACACUUCAGGGGAGGACAGUGGAAUUCAGGAGGGAGAUGCCACAGGGAGACUGAGCCAAUAUUUAACCAGACGUACCUCACCGAGUACCCUGAGAAGAUGAGGAUCCUGGAUCAGGUGCUGAGCAAGAUGAAGACCCCUGUGAUACACCUCAAUAUCAGCAGGCUCACCGAUUACCGGAAAGACGGUCACCCGUCGGUGUACAGAGUGCGGUACGACACGGAGGAGGAACGGAUGGCGGCGAUCACAAAGCAGGACUGCAGCCACUGGUGCCUGCCAGGUGUGCCAGAUACGUGGAAUCAACUGCUGUAUGCUUCGCUACUUCAGGCAGGCAAAGGUUCCUGGAGAUUAUGAUACCGUGGUUAGAGGAGUUUUUUUUAGUCUUCUAGAUUGCAAGGGACAGAUAGAAUUUACAAGUAGUUCAUGAAGUUCUGUUUUGUGAUUAGAUAGAGGUGGAUAUAAUAGCAGGAAAUCCUGCAUUCAGGUAGACCCAGGUAUCAGCUAAUAACCAUCAUAAGGCAACAACAUUUUAGAUUUCUUUC